CAACCGUCCACAUUAACUGCCAAAGAUGCCUCAACUUCCACUGUUAUAAAAGCCUCGACACCUUCCCUUUCUCCAAAAUGGCGUCUGCCCGAGACUCUCAGCCUUUCCACUGGCACUACGCAGAUCUCGAAGACCAUGACUUCCAAAUCCACGGCCGAACUCUCUUCUUCACUGUCGUCCUCUUUGCCAUCGUCCUUAUUUUCGCUCUCAUCUUCUUUUACACUCGAUGGCUAUGCAGUUCUCAUCGACACGACCUAUCCCCGACCUCUCACGUACCCCCACAGCCUCCUCCUCAGCCUCGAGGGCUCGACCCCAAUACCAUCAAUGCGUUGCCGAUAACUAUGGUGACGAGGGGGAGGGCGGCGCUUGGGAGCGAGUGCUGUAUAUGCCUUGGACUGUUUGAAGAUGGUGAGAAAGUUAAGGUUUUGCCUUCGUGUCACCAUUCUUAUCAUUCCGAGUGUGUUGAUAGGUGGCUCAGUGCUGAGUCGAGUUGUCCACUGUGUAGAAAUUCUCUUCAAGUUGAAUCAGAUCGGCUUCGUCAGAUUCCAGUCAUUGUGACUCAGUAAACACACACGCACACACAAAAAAAAAUUGUAAACGAUGGUGGAUUUGAGUAGAUUCCUUUUAUGGGUUUUUCUCUGCUUUUGAUUUUGUCUUAUAUUGUGGGGUUGCCAUGAAUGUAAUGCUACCAUGUGCUCGGUGAAAUUGUUCAAUGAAUAAUUGUUUUUUGGCUAAA